CUGAUUGCUGGCAGCGAAUUCAGAGUAAAACACGCAAAAUCGAUGAAGCAGAAAUGGCGGGAAUCUUACAGAGCCUCGGAAAUUCUUUGGAAAGCUGGCUAACAAUUAAGAUGCUCAGACCUCUAAACUCGAGAACAUACAAGACGAUCUUCUGUUACGCUUUGACGACAAUGGCAGCAACACCAAUGCAGAAAUAACUGUUUCCAGCGACGGAAAUAUGCUUGAUGUGGAAUACACGCUCGACCGUGCCCUUGGUCAAGGAGCGGAAUCUGGUGACAUAGCAAACAAGGACAGCUCUGUACCAUGCUCUGACCCAAGGCCACAGAGCUCUGUGAUGAAUAGCCUGACCCAGGCCUUUACAUCACAGAAAGCAACAUCACCUCCAAUUGAGUGCCAGGUUGCUGCGCUCAUUAAUAACAUGCUUUGGGGGGUUUAUCGACCGAAAUGGUCAAGGAGAGGUGGAGAAGCAUCUAUCUUCAGAAAAUUGUGAAAACUUGUCCUUGUUUACGGUCGAUGAAGAAGUUUGGGAUCUGCUCAGACUCACGAUAUUCCCAUGAAAUGAGAAGAUUCGUGUGUUUUUUAUUUCUUAAACAGGGAACUUAAACAUUCAGUUAAACUUAUUCCAAAUACAUUUUUAAACUAUUCAAAUGAUGAAAGUUAUUGUUAAUUUUUAAGCGUUUAUUAGCGAGUGGGAACUACCAAUAUGGCCGCCAUCUAUUCAAAUGAGGGCAACCGCCGGAAUAUUCUUGGCUUCAAUUUUACUAAAAGAGAUGCGCUAUCUAGUGUAUAUAAUAUAUCUAUAGAUCUGCUCCCGAGAAAAAGUAGGUCGAUGGAUUUGGCCUUCCUGGCAGUUCAAGCAACCAUGUUACAAAGAACAGCUGCACCAACCAAUUUGGUUGGCAGUUUGGUGACAAGCAUCACAAAUGGCGAUACGUCAAAUACAC